UUUUAUUUGUAAUAUUUUUUGUAAAUAUAUUGUAUGUCAAUUAUUGUAUUUAAUUUAAAAAAAUGGCUAAUAAGGAAUAUUAUGAGCGCUGGCUAAAAAUCAAAGAGCAAAUGAAGACAACAAUAUCUGAAGACACUAGACUGAACGAAUUGGCGACAUUGUUUGUCGGCAUUAAACCCCAAGCAACUGCUGUCGAAUUAGUUGCCAGAGUAUAUUGUAAGUAUUGUGAACUCUAUAACAAGCUCUGUGAUUGUUACGAUCAAAUGGAGCAAGUUCAGCGACGACAAUAUAUAAAGAAACUUAUCGACGCUAUAACAUGCCGGCUUCUUGAGCUAAAAUGCACUUUAGAGCAAGUUGAAGUUUUCGAAUUUACUUACUCAGACAACGCCUUACAACAGUUAUUAAUGGCGCCUCAAGACGUACAGAUUCUCUGUCCAUUUUUUUAUCCAUUUGAAAUACGGCAGCAAGAAAUGCAAUACAUUAUAGACGAGAUAUUUGCGGGUAAUCGCAUUGGAAAUCCCACUCCAACUCCUUCAGAAAUUGAACGUAAGAAAGAAGAGUAUUUAGAAGAAGAAAAAAGAAAACAAGAAGAGAAAGACGCAGAAAUUAAAAGAAAGCUUGCUAUGGGUGAAGAUAUCUCUUUAUCUGAGAACUCUGUUACUCUUUCUCCUCAAGAAUUAGAAGAAAUAAAAUCAAGAGAAGAAUAUGAGAAACAUAUUAAUACUAUUCAAAAGAUGGAAAGAUCAAGAUUAGUAACGAGGGAAAAAACACGCAAAUAUAACAAAGAUAUCAACUUAUACCUAGAGCUCGCUGGACUAAAAGCUCCACAGGUUAGAGAAGAAUUAAGAAUUAGAGCCGCAAUUUUAAUUCAAAAAGUAUACAGACGUUUCAUGGAGAUUAAAAGAGAACAAAAGAGAGAAAAGCUACUCCGAAUAAAACUUGGUAUGAUAAUACCUUCAUGGUCUCCACCCUCAGCUCAUAUUCGAUUGGACGAGAUUAAAGAACAACGUAGAAAUUAUCGACGUAAAUAUUACGAAAAAUGGAUUGAAGAUAAUAUUAAAGAAAAUUCACGUGUUUUACGAUUACGUGAAGGAGAUAUAAUGGAGGAUAUCUCAGCUGAAAUUAGACAGUGGUUUCAAGAAUGGUACAAUGAGGUAAGAUUAUUUGAUGAAUUUCCGUGGCCCGAAGAAGGAGGAUCCAUCUUAGUGGUAAAAGGUGAAACAUUUACUAUAGAAGAAUACGUUAAUUGGCGUACUGCAGAAGAAAAAAGAUUGAAAGCUGAAGCUGGAGCACCAAAAAGUAAAGAACAAAUAAAAGCUGAAAAAAUUGCAGCACGAGAGGAAAAAAAGCGACUAGCCUUUGAGGAAAAAGAAAGAGAGAAAAAACGUUUAAUUGAUUAUAAAAAAUCAAGAUUGAAUCCAAACAAUGAUCCCGGAAUAUACAUAACAAUCAGUAAGACUUUAGAUCAACUACAAUAUACAUGGUUUAACUAUCAAAAUCAGUGGCAAAGUAUUGACAGUACUGACCCCUCAGUAGAUGCUAUAAAAGGUUACAUUAUGCAACUUAUAACAGAAAACGCAUAUAAGGACGUGCAAUUACAGCUUCGUCCGAUAGUCGAUGAAAUGAUGAAAUUAGAGUUAAAUCUAUUACGGAAUUCUCUUAAGGAAGAUUAUCUAAUUGCUGGUAUUUCUAAGCCACCACAGAGUAAGAAAAGGAAGAAGCCCAAGAAAGUAAAGCCACCUAAACCAGAUAAAGUUAGUCCGGCAUUUAUGUUUCAACAAUUAGUAGAUGCAGGCAUUGUAAAAAAGUAUCCCCGUACCACACUUGAUGAUUAUUGGGGUGAUCAAAAUUAUGCUGCAGCUGAUAUGAGAGCUAUAAUUUGGACACCAUCUUUUCCGUCACCUUGUAUUGGAGAUGUCAGAGAACAAGUCAGAAAUAGAUGCCUCUUGACCCUCGGCUGUUCAUGUCCAAAUGCAGUAAGAUCUCAAUUAUUAGUGGGUUCUAAAGCUGCAGGCAAGAGAACUUUAAUUUACGCUAUAGCAACAGAAACCAAUUCAAUUCUUAUAGAUUUAUCUCCUAUGAAUAUUUACAAUAAAUUCCCGGGGCCAAAAAACUUAAAAACUAUGUUCACAUUUGUCAGUAGAAUAAGUAAAUUAAUGCAGCCUACUGUAAUAAUGGUGGACAAUGCAGACAAAUUAUUCUAUAAAAAAGUUCCUAAAGAGGAAAAGUUAUUCGACCCGACCAGGUUACAAAAGGAUUUUUACAAAGAAGUGAUAAAACCUAUUCAAUCCAACGACAAAAUAUUGGUUCUUGGGACUGCGACGGAGCCGUGGUUUGCUAAGAAUCCUCUGAUGUACAAAGUAUUUCCUUCCCUUAUUCUUAUUCCGCGGACAGAUUACGGAAGUUUGUCGUUGGUUCUCACCAAGAUACUUAUGAAAUAUCACGGAGUCGAUCGUAAUUUUAAUGUUCACUCGGUGGCACAAGCUUUACGGGGAUACGAUAUCAACACAAUACGUAAAGCAGUUGCUGACUUGUUGGACGGUAACCGAGUGGCACAGCUGUAUAAUAGGCCUUUAGACCCGAUGGAGGUGGUGAACGCAGUAUUAGAGUACGAUACUGUCAAAUACACUGAUGCGGAAGAUUUUGAUUUGUUCCAGCAAUGGUACAAUGGUUACUCGCCUUGGGGACAGAAAUAUGUUGACUAUAUGCUGAUGUUAGAAUCACAACUAUUAUACAAGUUAAAGAAUGACAAGAAAAAUGAGAAAAAAGAAUAGGUUAGGACAUUUACUAUUAUAAUGUCUUGUGUAAUUCAAAUAAUCCAUUUCAAUUACGUUAAAUU